CGCCUUGAGAGCGCAGUGAGAUCCACUACAACAAUGGAUCACGUCUGAGUGUUCAGGCGAUAGAAAAAAAAAAAAGUAUAGGGGGAGGGUUGGCAUUUUUUCCUCCCAGCGGAAGGAGACGUAUCGCUCCUGCAGGACAAUGUGUAAGAACCGGAGCCGUAGCAGCGCCACCAACCCACCCCGACCCGAGGCCAACAUGGACGAGACCUUCAUUUAACGCACGUUAUAUCGUAUCCAAAGCGUUCUUUUUGUACUGAGGUUGAGGCUGGGGUUUUGGGGGAAGGAUAAGGAUUGUGCGAGAAGGGGAAAAAAAGGGGGAAGGCAGCGAUGAGAAUCCUGCGUUGAGGAAAGAAAGCGAGGCGGCGGGGCCGAGAAGAAGGGAGAAAGAUGGGUGCCUUGCUACGGACCACUCUGUUGUUGUGUAGUUUUUGUUUGUUGAUACAAGGCGUGCCCCUCUUGCUGUACGCUAACCGGCGAGACCUCCGGCUCGUGGACGCGGCCCACGGGAAGGCCAACGCCACGGUGGUGGUGGGCGGGCUGGAGGACGCGGCGGCGGUGGACUACGUCUACGCCCGGGGCCUCAUCUACUGGAGCGACGUGAGCGAGGAGGCCAUCAAGUGCACCGCCUUCAACCGGUCGGGGGACGGCAGCGCCCAGACGGUGGUGGUGUCCGGGCUGGCGUCGCCCGACGGCCUGGCCUGCGACUGGCUGGGCGGGAAGCUCUACUGGACGGACUCGGAGACGAACCGCAUCGAGGUGGCCGAGCUCGAUGGAUCUUUACGGAAAGUUUUGUUUUGGCAAGAGCUGGACCAGCCGAGGGCGAUAGCCCUGGACCCAGAGAGGGGGUCUCUCUGUCUCUCUCUCGCUCUUUUCUCCGUCUCUCUAUCUCUGUCUCUCUUUCUUUUUCUCUGUCCGUCUGUCUCUGUCUCUCUAUCCCUCUCUUUCUUUCUUUCUUUCUUUCUUUUCCUCACCCCACAGACGAUCAGCCGUGCGUUCAUGAACGGCAGUGCCCUGGAGCACGUGGUGGAGUUCGGGCUGGACUACCCCGAGGGCAUGGCCGUAGACUGGCUGGGCAAGAACCUGUACUGGGCGGACACGGGCACCAACCGCAUCGAGGUGGCCAAGCUGGACGGCCAGCACCGGCAGGUCCUGGUGUGGAAGGACCUGGACAGCCCCCGGGCACUCGCCCUGGACCCGGCAGAAGGGUUCAUGUACUGGACGGAGUGGGGUGGCAAGCCCAAGAUCGACCGGGCGGCGAUGGACGGCACGGGGCGCCUCACGCUGGUGCCCGACGUGGGCCGGGCCAACGGGCUGACCAUCGACUACGCGGAGCGCCGUCUCUACUGGACGGACCUGGACACCACGCUCAUCGAGUCCUCCAACAUGCUCGGCAAGGAGCGGGAGGUGAUCGCCGACGACCUGCCGCACCCCUUCGGCCUCACCCAGUACCAGGACUACAUCUACUGGACGGACUGGAGCCAGCGCAGCAUCGAGCGCGCCAACAAGACCAGCGGCCGCAACCGCACGGUGAUCCAGGGCCACCUGGACUACGUCAUGGACAUCCUGGUGUUCCACUCCUCGCGCCAGGGCGGCUGGAACGCCUGCGCCGCCACCAACGGACACUGCUCCCACCUGUGCCUGGCGGUGCCCGUGGGCGGGUACGUGUGUGGCUGCCCCGCCCACUACUCGCUGAACCUCGACAACAAGACCUGCAGCGCCCCCACCUCCUUCCUGCUGUUCAGCCAGAAGACGGCCAUCAACCGCAUGGUGAUGGACGAGCAGCAGAGCCCCGACAUCAUCCUGCCCAUCCACAGCCUCCGCAGCGUCCGCGCCAUCGACUACGACCCGCUGGACAAGCAGCUGUACUGGAUCGACUCCAAGCAGAACGCCAUCCGCCGUGCCCAGGACGACGGCAACCAGAGCAUGACGGUGGUCUCCAGCCAGGUGGGGGGGCUCAACAUGGGCCUGCAGCCGUACGACCUCAGCAUCGACAUCUACAGCCGCUUCAUCUACUGGACCAGCGAGGUCACCAACGUCAUCAACGUGACGCGCACGGACGGGCGCCGGGUGGGCGUGGUGCUGCGCGGCGAGCACGACAAGCCGCGCGCCAUCGUGGUCAACCCCGAGAGAGGGUACAUGUACUUCACCAACCUGCUGGAGAGCUCCCCGAAGAUCGAGCGGGCGGCGCUGGACGGGACGGAGCGAGAGGUGCUGUUCUUCAGCGGCCUGGGGAAGCCCAUGGCGCUCGCCAUCGACAACGAGCUGGCCAAGCUGUUCUGGGUCGACUCGGAGCUGAAGAGGAUCGAGAGCAGCGACCUCUCUGGCGCCAACCGCGUGGUGAUCGAGGACUCCAACAUCCUGCAGCCGGUGGGGCUGACGGUGUACGGCCCCCACCUCUACUGGAUCGACCGGCAGCAGCAGAUGAUCGAACGCAUCGACAAGACGACGCGCGAGGGCCGCACCAAGAUCCAGGCCCGCAUCGCCACGCUGUCAGACAUCCACGCCGUGCACGAGCUGGACAUGGCCGAGUACAGCAAGCACCCGUGCACCUGGGAGAACGGCGGCUGCUCCCACAUCUGCAUCGUGAAGGGCGACGGCAGCACGCGCUGCUCCUGCCCUGUCCACCUGGUGCUGCUCCAGGACGAGCUCUCCUGCGGCGAGCCUCCCACCUGCUCCCCGGAGCAGUUCUCGUGUGCGUCGGGCGAGGUGGACUGCAUCCCCAACGCGUGGCGCUGCGACGGGUUCCCCGAGUGCGACGACCGCAGCGACGAGGACGACUGCCCCGUGUGCUCGGAGGCGGAGUUCCAGUGCGACAGCCGACAGUGCGUGGGGCUCGGCCUGCGCUGCAACGGGGAGUUCAACUGCCAGGACCACUCGGACGAGAACAAAUGCGAAGUCCGCUGCCCGCCCGACCAGUUCAGCUGCACCAACGGCCAGUGCAUCGGCAAGCACAAGAAAUGCGACCACAACAUGGACUGCACGGACAACUCUGAUGAGAUCGGCUGCUACCCGACAGACGAGCCGUCCCAGCAGCCCUCCAACACCAUCAGCACCAUCGUGGGCGUGGUGCUGGCCCUGUUCGUGGUGGGCGCCGUGUACUUUGGCUGCCAGCGCGUGCUCUGCCCGGCGACCAAGGACGACGGCGAGACGGUCACCAACGACUUCGUGGUGCACGGGCCCUCCUCCGUGCCCCUGGGAUACGUGCCCCACCCCAGCUCGCUGACGGGGUCGCUGCCCGGCAUGUCCAGGGGCAAGUCUGUGAUUGGCUCUCUCAGCAUCAUGGGCGGGAGCAACGGGCCGCCGUACGACCGCGCCCACGUGACGGGGGCGUCGUCCAGCAGCUCCUCCAGCACCAAGGGCACUUACUUCCCGCCGAUCCUGAACCCGCCCCCCUCCCCGGCCACCGUGCGCUCCCAGUACACCAUCGAGUUCGGCUACUCCUCCAACAGCCCGUCCACGCAUCGCUCCUACAGCUACCGGCCCUACACCUACCGCCACUUCGCCCCCCCCACCACCCCCUGCAGCACGGACGUGUGCGACAGCGACUGCACGCCGGGCCGCCGGCCGCCGCCCAAGUCGGGCGCGGCGGCGGGCGGCGGCGGGGCGGGCGCCAAGGGCUACGUCAGCGACCUCAACUACGACUCGGAGCCCUUCCCGCCGCCGCCGACGCCCCGCAGCCAGUACCUGUCGGCCGAGGAGAACAACUGCGAGAGCUGCCCCCCCUCCCCCUUCACGGAGCGCAGCUACUCACACCACCUCUACCCCCCCCCGCCCUCCCCCUGCACGGACUCCUCCUGAGAAGCCACGCCCCCC